UAAGAAUAACACCCUGUGUAGGUGCUUUUUCCUCAACAGGAACAGAAUAGCUUCCUUAUAUUAUGUGUGAAAAGUCAUGUUCCGCUCUCAGUGCUCCUCCUUUGUACAGUAUGUGUCCUAAAUAGCUGCUGCUGCUGGCAACAACAUGUCACCUCUACCCUAUAUUGACAAACAAUGAAACAUCCCACCCAUAACCUUUAAAUCUGAUCACUCCUGAUAGUUUUCCAGAGAGUCAAACCAACAUCCAAGAUGCCUGUCGACUACAGCGGGACGUGGGACAUGAUCAGCAGUGUCAAUUUUGAUGGAUACAUGAUUGCACUUGGCAUUGAUUUUGCAACACGCAGGAUUGCCUCAGUGUUGAAGCCUCAGAAAGUGAUUAAGCAAGACGGAGAUUGCUUCACAAUUAAGACAUUCACCACUUUCAAAAAUUAUGAGUGUUCAUUCAAAAUCGGAGAAGAGGUCAAAGAAGUGACAAAAGGGAUGGACAACAGAACAUGCCAGACUGUGGUCAACUGGGAUAAUGAUAAGCUGGUGUGUGUUCAGAGAGGAGAAAAGAAGAACCGAGGGUGGACUCACUGGGUUGAGGGAGACGAGCUUCAUUUGGAACUCACUUGUGAGGAUCAAGUCUGCAAGCAAAUUUAUAAAAGAACUCUGUGAUCUUUAGAAUUAGGAAACAGACGCCACAGAGCUUCAUUCACAGUAUUUCCAUGUAACAAUCUGGCUUAAAAAUAAAGGAGCAUGUAAUAUGA